CCCCGGGCGGACGGCGGGAGCCGCGCGGCUCGGCGGUGGCGGAGACCGGAGCAGCAUGACGGCCCUCACCGCUCAGGCUCACAGGGUGUUAGGCCUCAAGAGGCCCCACCGGUCCUUCUUUGAAUCCUUUAUCCGAACCCUCAUCAUUGCAUGUACCGCCCUGGCUGUUGUCCUGUCUUCCAUCUCCAUCUGUGAUGGCUACUGGCUCCUGGAUGACACCCGCCUCUUUGGGCUAUGGCACUUCUGCACCAUCACCAACCAAAGUGGACCACAGUGCCUCAGAGAUUUGAGCCAGACCCAUGUGCCAGGGCUGGAGAUAGGCCUAGGCCUCGCGCGCAGUGUGGCCGCCAUGGCUGUGGUAGCCGCCAUCUUUGGCUUGGAGCUCCUCAUGGUAUCGCAGGUGUGUGAGGACAUCUACUCCCGCCGCAAGUGGACCAUCGGUUCCUUCCUCCUCCUGGUUGCCUUCAUCCUCUCCUCUGGGGGGCUCUUAAGCUUCGUGAUUCUCCUCCGGAAUCAGAUCACACUUGUCGGCUUCACCCUGAUGUUCUGGUGUGAGUUCACGGCUUCCUUCCUCUUCUUCCUCAAUGCCAUCAGUGGUCUUCAUCUCAACAGCCUCAGCCAGCCCUGGGACCAGCCACGGAAAUUCUAGCCCCCACCCCAACCCCAGGGACCAGGGACCUUGGCUUCUACAAGAAAGUAUCAUCAAGAUGGUACCGCCCAACUUGUGACCUCCAUCGGGGAUGGAAUGGAACUGUGACUUUGAAGCUGCCAUCUUAGCCACUAAGCUCUGGGUGAUUGACUAGAAACAGUCCAAGGGCUUCUGUAGAGCUAGGAGUGCGCCUGUGGCAGCAUCUACAGAGGUUUAGUCAAAUUAUUAGGGGGUUGUUUCUAAAAGAACACAUUUUAAAACACUU